AUGAACCCGGAUCCUACAGUACGGCACUCUUUUUGGUCUGUCGUCGUGGGCGGCACUCUAUACUGGACGAGUAUGUUCUGCGCCAACCAGGCGUCCGUUCAGAAAUAUCUCUCAGUGGAAAGGAUCAGUCAAGUACGCGUCGCUCUUUGGGUGUCGGCUAUCGGCUUGACUGCAGUAUACUCAGUCAAUUUUAUAACUGGCGCACUUUUGGCCGUUCACUACGCCGACUGCGAUCCUCUUCAGGCUGGAAUAACGAACGGAUCAGAUCGUCUUCUGCCGCUCUAUGUGAUGCGUGAACUCGGUGUAUCAAAAGGUGUUCCAGGCUUCUUUGUAGCAGGAAUAUUUGCUGCUAGUCUUGGAACCGUAGCGUCAGCGCUGAAUUCGUUAGCAGCUGUAGCAUGUCAAGAUUUAGCAACAGGACUUCUAGGUUUAACUUUACCAGAAGAUAAAGGAGCUUUAAUAGCUCGUUGGGUGUGUUUCGUAUGCGGUGCUGUGUCGUUCGCGUUGGUGUUUGCGGUUGAAAGGCUUGGGCCCGUGUUGCAGCUCGCUCUUUCCUUCAACGGAAUGACAGGCGGUGUGACACUGGGCCUAUUCUCACUCGGUAUGCUGUUCCCAUGGGCUAACGCUAAGGGUGCUGUAGCAGGUGGCGUAUUUGGACUCCUGCUGGUAAUAGUGGCGGGUGGUGGAGCUCAGCUAGCACAGAAAGCACUUCGCAUCUCAGCACGUCUAGGAUCAGAGAGGCGGCGUAGCUCUAGUGUCCGUCCACCCAGUCUGGCAGAUGACAAAGAUAUGCGAAGGCGUCGUCGUCUCUCAGAGAUGGCGGGCGGGGUGUUCUACAGCGACUUACCCUCUGACUACCACCAUGACAACCCUGCCCUUCGCCUUUCGGAAAAACCACCGCCAGACGAUUACAAUUACAAUAACAGUUUCAAAUUAGAGUCCACCUCUAUUGAGGAUAGUUCGCAAUGUUAG